AACUGGAAGGAGACGACUGGCCAGGGAAGAAGGCCAACCUGUUGCUCCUCCUCCUGUUGCUUAUCACUUGCAUCCUGACUCUCUUCCAAAGCCACCUCAACCUUGCCAACCUGGCUGCAGAGCAUCUUGACAAUUGCCAGCAUCUGCUUAGCCUCCCUGUGCACUCCAGGCCACCCUAUCAGCUGUUCACCGUCCCUGGCCAUUGGGACCACUUCAGAUGGCUGUGGCCUGUGCUGCCCCAGGGAGCACCUUCUCUAAGCAGCUCCUUUUCUUUCUCCUGGUUCUGGUAUUAUUUUGUGAUGCCUGUCAAAAAGUUUCCCUUCACGUUCCCUCUCAUCUUAAGGCUGAAACACCUGUAGGCAAAGUGAAUCUGGAAGAGUGUCUCAAAUCACCCAGCCUGAUCCUGUCCAGUGACCCAGCCUUCAGAAUUCUAGAAGACGGCACAAUUUACACAACACAUGACCUGCUUUUGUCUUCUGAAAAGAGGGGGUUCUCCAUCUUGCUCUCAGAUGGUCAAGGGCAGGAACAAAAGAAGCUAGAAGUUGUACUGUCAGCAAGAGAAAAAAAGGUUUUUAGGAAAAGACAUACCAAAGAGCCAGUACACAACCGCAGUAAGAGAAGAUGGGCUCCUAUUCCAUGUUCACUGAUGGAGAACUCUUUGGGUCCAUUUCCACAACACAUUCAGCAGAUCCAAUCUGAUGCUGCCCAGAAUUACACCAUCUUUUACUCUAUCAGUGGACCAGGAGUAGACAAAGAGCCUUACAAUUUGUUCUACAUAGAGAAAGACACCGGGGACAUCUAUUGUACCCGAAGCAUUGACCGUGAACAGUAUGACCAAUUUUUGGUAUAUGGAUAUGCAACAACUGCUGAUGGCUAUGCCCCAGACUACCCUCUCCCCCUGCUGUUUAAGGUUGAAGAUGACAAUGACAAUGCCCCAUAUUUUGAAACCAAAUUAACAGUUUUUAGUGUGCCUGAAAAUUGCCGAUCUGGAACUUCAGUGGGACAAGUGACUGCCAUAGACAAGGAUGAGCCAGGAACUCUACACACUCGUCUGAAGUACAAAAUCUUACAACAAAUCCCAGACCAGCCAAAGCACUUCUCCAUCCACCCAGACACAGGUGUGAUCACUACCACCACACCUUUACUGGACAGAGAGAAAUGUGACACUUACAAGCUAGUGAUGGAGGUACGAGACAUGGGGGGCCAGCCCUUUGGUCUGUUCACCACAGGAACAAUCACCAUCUCACUGGAGGAUGAGAAUGACAACUCGCCAUACUUCACCCAAACUUCUUAUACUACAGAAGUAGAAGAAAACAGAAUUGAUGUUGAGAUUCUGAGAAUGGUGGUGCACGACCAAGAUUUGCCCAACACCCCCCACUCGAAGGCGGUAUACACAAUCCUAAAGGGGAACGAAAACGGGAACUUCAAAAUCACAACGGAUCCAAAUACAAAUGAAGGGGUCUUGUGUGUUGUCAAGCCACUGAACUAUGAAGUCAGCCGCCAAGUCACUCUGCAAAUUGGUGUCCUUAAUGAAGCCCAGUUCACUAACGCUGCCAACGCACAACCACCAACAAUGUGCACCACAACUGUCACUGUGAAAAUUAAAGACAGAGAUGAGGGCCCUGAGUGCCAGCCACCAGUCAAAGUCAUUCAGAGCAAAGAUGGACUGCCAGCGGGCCAAGAGCUCCUGGGCUACAAAGCGGUGGACCCAGAGACAAGCAGUGGUGAAGGCUUAAGGUAUGAGAUGGUAGGAGAUGAAGAUAAUUGGUUUGAGAUUAACAAAAUCACCGGAGACUUGAGAACUGUGAAAGUACUGGACAGAGAGUCGAAGUUUGUGAAAAACAACCAGUACAAUAUUUCAGUAGUGGCGACAGAUACAGCUGGCCGAUCUUGCACAGGAACACUGGUAGUUCUUCUGGAAGAUUUUAAUGACCACCCACCACAGAUUGACAAGGAAGUGACCAUUUGUCAGCAGGAGAAGGAUUUUGCUGUUUUGGAACCUAUAGAUUUAGAUGGGCCAGAUAAUGGUCCACCUUUUCAGUUCCUUCUGGAUAAUUCUUCCAGCAAACUUUGGACUCUAGAAUCACAGGAUGGUAAACGUGCCAUUCUUCGUCAACGACACAAUCUUAAUUAUAACUAUUAUUCUGUGCCAAUCCAAAUACAAGACAGGCAUGGUUUUUCCGCAAAACAUGUAUUAUCAGUGCGAGUGUGUGACUGUACAACUCCAACAGAAUGUAGAAUGGCUGUUAAGGAAGAGAGGGAUGCUAAACCAAAUAUAAUCCUUGGGAAAUGGGCCAUUCUUGCCAUGGUCCUGGGCUCUGCAUUGCUACUGUGCAUUUUGUUUACAUGCUUCUGUGUGACCACUACCAAGAGAACAGUCAAGAAAUGCUUCCCAGAUGAUGUAGCUCAGCAAAAUUUAAUUGUAUCAAAUACUGAAGGACCAGGAGAAGAAGUGACGGAAGCCAAUAUUAGACUCCCCACACAGACAGCCAACAUCUGUGAUACAAGCAUGUCUGUUGGGACUCUUGGUGGUCAAGGAAUCAAAACACAGCAAAGUUUUGAGAUGGUCAAAGGAGGCCACACCUUGGAGUCCCACAAGGGAGGAGUGCUAGGAGCAGCAGAGCCUGGCCGAUAUGCUUACACAGACUGGCAAACUUUCACUCAACCUCGGCUUGGUGAAGAAUCCAUUAGAGGACACACUCUGAUUAAAAAUUAAACAGUAAAAGAAGGUGUAUUUGUGUGGGCAAGCUGAAGAACACAAGCAUUGUGAAGACUACGUUCGCCCAUAUAACUAUGAAGGCAAAGGCUCCAUGGCUGGCUCUGUGGGCUGCUGCAGUGAUCGGCAGGAGGAAGAAGGGCUAGAGUUUUUAGAUCAAUUGGAACCAAAAUUUAGGACAUUAGCAAAGACAUGUGUGAAGAAAUAAGGUGCUGGUUAAUAGAGCAACUUCUGUAAAUGAAUACAGAGGUGACACUGGAUGUAAGGGGAUAGCAGCUUGUAGUAGCAACUUUGGGUAUUAAAAGGAGGUAAAGUCAUUUGUGGAUAAGGGUGCUUUACCAAUCAUAGCUCCCCAAAUUCUCCUUGUCUCCAGAACUUCCCUGUUGUCUAGACAGGACAUUGCCACGGUUGCUUUUCUUUCUGUGCAUGUAUGCAUUGCCCUUUCAGGACUGAACUGCAUGUGCCACUAAAGUUCUGGUGAUGUUUGAAACUUAAGCUCUUUUGCAUGCUAUGCAAGACUCCAUAAUGGAGUUGGGUAUUGUGGAAGCUUAAAAUAUGAGUUUGCAUUGUAUAUAUAUAAAUUAAAUAUUUUUCAAGGACAUGGGAAGAAUUUUGCUUCUAAAAUAUUUCCUUUAGUGCCAAGAUAUUGUUUUCCCUUUUCCAGAGUAGCUUCAAAUGAAAUUUUAAGUAUUUUUAGGUAUAGCCUUUUGUGUACCUAAACAAGCUCCACUCUUACUGUACAUUUCCCUCAUUAGAAGAGCACUAUCUUCAUUUAGGAACCUCCAUAGCUUAAUACUUGGGUUUCUGCCCAUAUGGCUAUGUUAUCAUCAGGAUCCUGGAGCUUCUAUCUGAAUGACAUAGGUCAGAACAUCAUGCUCACAGCACCUAGAACUAUAAAGAUUUGUCAAAAACUACUGGCAUUCUUAUCUUUAUAGAUUUACAGAAUAUAUAUAUAUAUAUAUAUAUAUAUAUAUAUAUAUAUCUUGCUGGUCAAUCUAAAUGUGAUAUUAUCUUACCACAUUCAUAUGUACUAAAAAUAUUAAAAAUUAUAUAAAUACUUUGGGACUGGUAGCUCUUUAACUCGAUACUGAUCUACUAUUUCAGUGGCUUUUAACUGGUCUGUGUCUUCAAGUCUCUCUCCAACUAGUCAUAAAAAUAUCAAGCUGUAACUCUGAUAUAAGGCUUAGUCCUUAUCAUGUGUCAAUACUGAGUUAAUGUCCAUAUUGGGACACAAUACUCAUUCUACCUUGGAAAUUACUCAAAGAAGAAAUUUCUGGAGGGCUAGAAAUAAUUUUAAGUAGAUACUCAUUAAGAUUAUUAGUCCAUUACAGCAACAUCUACCAAAUCUUACUGAAUUAAUAGAUAUUUUAACAUGCAUGAAUAAAUGGGGUAUAACAUUUUAAUAAGAUUGUUUUAUUGCUCUAUAAAGAAAAACUAUAUAUUUAAAUGAUAUUCUAUUAGUCCUUUGUGAGAAACUACAGAUAUGUGUCAGGUUACAUCUCAUGAAAAUCUUACAUUUAAACUAAACUUACCUUUUUAAUCUAUACAUUUCUAUCUAUUGGAAAAAAUAGAUUUCUGUUUCACUUAUGUUUUGUAACUAGUCUUAUUGGUCUCUAUUAGGAUAGGUGCUCUUUAUUGCAAAAUUGGAUAUUUGAAUAAAAUGAAAUAUAGCGUUAGUAAGGCUGAUAUGAUCUUGUAAAUUCCCCACAAUGUGUGACUUUGACAAUCACUAUACAAUGAUUUGGGGUGAUACAAUUUUUACUUUUUGAGGUAAGUGUCACUCUGACAAUGUGAAUUUUGACAUUUUAGAAUCUAGGAGUACCAAUUUGGAAAUGCAUCAAAUGUCAUAGUAAGUUAUAUUUUUCAAUGUAGUUAUAUGAGCAGUUGGAAAUUAUUAGCUUAACUUUCACUUGCAUGUUGUUUGUAUCAUCUUGCUCUUAUACUUACUGAAUUGUAGAUGAGAAAAUUUGCAUCUAAAUUAAGCAGUAAAAUUUAUAUCCAUGGGUGGAUUUCUUUUGCAUCAAGAGAAGGCUUUCUAAAGUUUUAGAAGUCAUUAGAAAAUGUUGGGAUUUGGUUUAUAUUAGCAGUUUUAGCUAUUUAAAAUAUUUUCAAGACAUUAUUAAAACUUUUCUCAGAGGAAUUAUAUUUAUUGUUGGAUUUAUUUAGGCAACUCCCAGUAAUUCUCAUUUUCCAUCAAAAAUUAAAUAUUAACUAUAUGAUGAACUAAAUGUAUGAAGCCCUACCAGGCUGCACAAUUUAGUUUGCUAAUAAAGUACUGUAUUUCAUACAAA